UCCAUCCCUCUCUCCCUCCCUCGAUCUGUCGCGCUCCUCCUCUGCUCCUGCAGUGCGCUUCGUUCACGCGCUGGAUAGACACAACUCCAGAAACAUGGCUCGGCCGUAUACGUCCCUCGUACUGUUUGCCUUUCAACUCUGCGCCUUUUCUUGGCAAGCUUGGGCGCUGGUGGAUCUGAGGAUGGAGGACACCAUAGAGGUUUACAUGGGUGAUUCUGCAGAGAUUCCCUGUCUGUACACCUUCACUUCAGAGCCCAGUAUGGUGAUGGUGCAGUGGUUUGUGCGGGGACCUGGCGGUAAUCGGGUAAGAAUCUCCUACAGUGAUCUAACCAUGCAGAAGGUGGAUGAGAACACAAGCUACAGCAAUCGCAUCAGCGUCCGAUCAAACAGCGGUGGAGAAAUCCUGAUGGUUCAGGACGUGAUGCUGUCUGAUGAGAAAGAGUUCUUCUGCCAGGUCAGUGGAAUGGCAGCGGGCAAUGGAGAGGGCAAGACACUCUUAAAGGUUUUUGAUCCUCCAGGGCCUCCUGUGAUUGAAGGUAUCCUUACUGGCGUUUAUGUGUCUGGUGACGGUCCAUCAAAAAUUGCAUCUUGUGAGACCAGAGACGGUUUUCCCAAGCCAAACAUCACAUGGUAUCGUGACCAUAUUGCCAUUUACCCCGCUAUUGGCUUGGUAAACAUAGUAACUCUAGUGAUGAAGGAAUCCAGCGGCCUGUAUACAGUUCAGAGUGAUCUGCAUUACAAGGUGACUAAAGAAGACAAGGAUGCCCACUUUUCCUGUGAGGUCAGCUACUUUGUGCCAGGAGCUGUCAGGACGUCCGAGUCCAAAGGCGUCAAUAUCACAGUUCACUACCCCACGACCAGUGUCGAGAUGUGGAGAGAAUCGCCUGAGGGCUUGGUCAAAGAAGGGGACACAGUGAAGAUCCAUUGCCAAGGCGACGGGAACCCCCCAGCACCCAUCACUUUCAACAAAGAACAAUCAGAUGUGGAGCUGGACUUCUAUGAUGGUGUCCUGAUUCUGAAGGAGGUGUCUCGGGCAGACAGCGGUGUGUAUGAAUGUCACUCUCUGAAUAUGGAUGCACCGGACCAGGAGGAGGUGGUGGAGAGCAUGCAGUUUACAGUGCACUAUCUGGACCCUGCCGUGGUGGUGCCAAAAGAGUCAGAGGUCAUGCUGAAAGGAGAGAGUCUGACCGCCUCUUGUAAUGCCCUGUCAUCAUUAGAGACCUCUACUGUGUGGUUUAAGGAUGGUGUUCAGGCAGAAAAAGGGCACAAACUGCAGCUGCAGGAUGCCACGUUCGACACAGCUGGACAGUAUGACUGCGAGGUGACUGUUCCGUCACUCCCGGGCCUGCAAACCAGCGGCUCCGUCCAUAUUCUUGUGCAUGGUGCACCCCAGAUCAAGGAUGCAGAGAGGGAGAUUGAGCUGACAGAGAAGGUGGGAGGGUGGGUCAAUUUGACCUGUGAGGUGAGAGGUGUCCCCAGACCCUUUGUCACAUGGAGCAUCUCUGGCAGUCAGAGUUGGCGUGAGGUUUCUAAAAGAGAGACGGAGGACCAGGUCUACAGUGUUGUGGUGCUUAAAGUUAGCACUGAUACACUUGUAAUCUGCAAUUCAACAAAUGACUUUGGGAUUGAGAUCAAAGCGUACAAUAUCAAGAGCAUUCCAUUCUCUCAGACUCCAACAGCGAGAAAAACCUCAGUGGAUAAUAGUGGUGUGAUUAUUGUGGUCAUUAUUGUAAGCAUCCUGUUGUUGGCCAUCCUGGGCAGCGUCUUCUACUUCCUGUAUAAAAAGGGCAAGUUACCCUGUGGACGUUCAGGAAAGCAGGAAAUCAUUAAUACCAACAGCACCAAGGAGAAGACCAAUAAAGAUGACAUUGUCGUAGAGAUGAAAGCCAACAAGACUGAAGAAUCUGUGCUAUUAAAGGCCGUCAAUGGAGACAAAAAAACACCCACUUAUCAGAACACCGCUCUGAGCUCAUAAAAUGGAAUUUUGUGCCUCCCUUCUGGCCCGAUCAAGUCUGAAGAUCUGGAGGACUUCUUUAUGUGAAGCAGUCGCCUUCUCUGGACGUAGUGGAGUGUUUGCAAACAACAAAUGUUUGGGUAAACAGGACUCGAGGAAGUUGUUCUGUUUUUUCUACUGUCAUUUUGUUUUCAGUUGUCAUUUUUGUUAUUUUAAAACGUGUAUAUAUUAUAAAUAUAUUUUGUUAUUGCUCCUAUUUGUGACCUAUUUGAUUGAAAGUCUUUUUAAAGCUCUGUAAGCAAAUCAUUUUGUUUCUCAUUCCCUGCAUAACAGUCUCGAAACAAGUAAACUCUGGUUACAUAAACUUCUAAUGAUUCAAAGAUUUUAACCUUCAGAUUACUUUGGACCCACUGAAGUCCUACUAGUUUGAGAUAUACAUUAUAUUCGAUUAAAAGAUGAGUAAAUAUUCCAGUAAAUCUCAAUGGACCAAAUAGUUUAGAUGGUGUUAAAAAGAUCUUUUCAAUUAAAAUAAACCUUGCGCAGGCGGGCGAUGAACCCGGUUAAAAGAUCAACAAAACUGGGACUAAAUUCAACAGAACUGAUGUAACGGUCCAAUUUCAUCAAACUACUGCAGAGCUUGUGUACUGUUUGUAAAUAGAUGUAGGGAAGAAUGUUGUAGCUCCUGGUGUUUGGACUGCUGAGGGGAAUUACGGCUGCCCCUGUUUCUGCCUCAACUGCAGUGCCUGCGAAGAUGUGUCUACGUUUUACUUAAAUGUUAGUAACACUGAAACCUUUCUGUUGUGUCUUGUUUGUUUUGCGCAUGUCUUUGUAUGUGGUGAAGCGAAGGUUAUUUUGUUUUAAUAAAACGCCAAGAUGUGUUGUUUUAGCCUAAUCCCCUUUGGCUUAUAAAUAUUUUUCAUUGGGUUUCAUUUUUUGGAAGGGUCCAGUGCAACGUCAUUCAGGCGUUAUUGUCUUUGGUUUAAAUGUACAUAGUUUUCCCUGUUUAGAUGUCGUUUAAUGUGGCUGACAUGACUUUAACAUUUAAGAACACACGUGCUAUCUUCAUGAAUGACAGACAUAAACCUGCCACAAUAACUUGACUAAUAUUACAAGCCCUCUUCCAUACUUUGAUACGCAAGUUUUGAUGGUGGCUCGUGUUUUGUUUUUGCAUAACAUCCUGUAGUUAAAUUCAAUAAUUUAAUUUUCCUUUGCAUUUGUCUUCUGAGACACAGCAAAACAGCUUCAAUAUUUAGCAUUUUUACUUAAAUUAAGGUUGUGGUUGAAAAAAAAAAAAUCUUCAGUGGAUAUCAGGUCUUGUUUGAUCAUAAAUUGUGCUUAGGAGCUUGAGGAUGGUACAUUUAUUCAGCAAAAGUAGAGCAGUUUAUUCAUCUUUGUGUUGUUUAAAGAUUAGUGUGGGAUAUUUAAGACUUUUGUCAGAACACUGCUGAGCUUCUGCAUUAUUACACUGGUCCAUGCAACUUUAUCUGCCUGUUCGUGUGAGGAUUUAUGUUGAGAUAGCACACUGUUGUUAUAUUAUAGUGUUCAGAUACACCGUGUUUUAUGUUUGAAGUUUCACUCUUUGUAAAUAAGGUACUUGUGAUUGGCAUUUUUUGCUUGCAUUUUUAUACCUUUUUUGCCCAACAAUUCCAAAUAAAGAUAGUUACAUUCAA